GUUAAUGAGACCAUUGUGAAAAGACGGAAUUAUGGAUCCAUUUAUUAACAUUGUGAAUUUUAAAAGGUGUAAGUUAUAAAUUAUAGUAGCCUGUACUUAAACUAUUGAUUUAUCUGCACUAGCUAGUCAGUUCUACGUAGAGUUUUGUGGUCAUCUUGAGCCCCAGAGUCAGACACCAAAAGGGACUGCUUUUUUAAGGUACGAAACUGGGUUGUCCUGAGGAAAUCCAAUUAAUCCAAGUACGUUUUUGUUCUUUGUUAAAAUGGUGGUAAAUGGGUGAAACAGCUGAAAUCUGUGUUGCCAAAGGUAAGUUGUGUGAAAAGUAAGGUAUAAAUUCAGAGACCUUAAAGGGCUUGAGACAUCGCUUCUGAUAUAACUGGCAGAUGACCUGCACCUGCUGGCUGUGGACAGAAGUGUCAGCUGUCCACUGCCAUGUCAUGCAGGCUCUAGUUUAUAAAUUCCUACAUGAGUAAUCAAAACCGUCCAGAUCAAGUACUUUUCGUGCCAAAUGUUCUGUUUUAUACGGCCUGUAUUUAUGAACAGCGGUCAUGGAUACGGGAGUCGUGAGCACGUUGUAAAGUUGACACGAGUAUUUGGUUCCUUUUGGCAACCGGUUUAAUUUCAGCAAUUUCCCCCCUUUCUCUUCAUUUGGCACCUGCCGGCCAGUUCCUGAAUUUGUCCCGUCUUUUUUGUUGCGCCUUUGCUGUAAAACAAGCCUGUUCAAAAGUGCCUUCACAAACGUGUCGGACAUUCCACCGCCGUAAGCGCAGGAAAGAGAAGCUUUAACGCUCGUGAAGAUGUAGGUGACGCAGCAGCAGGGAGUCUCGCGCACUUUUGUUUGUUCAGGCAACAGCCGACAACAGCCGCAGGAUCAUACGAGCCAGGCAGCUGCUGGAGAAAGUUAGUUAGAGGCGUGGAGGACAUGCAAGUAUAAGACCUGCAUUGCAAUUCAGUCUGGAUAAACGCGUCCACUAAACGAAGGAUUUCAUCCCGACCAUGUACAACACCGCGUGCGUGGCGUCUGCCGGCCGGGCUGUGCUGGAGAUGGUCCAGUUCGACUGGGAGCCACUGUCCCACGGGGAGUUGGACCAGCGCCUCGACCAUGCGGUGGAAGAGAUUUUGGAAGCCGAACUGAUUGAGAAAGCUAGAGCCGUUGUUGGGCCGACGUACGUUCUGCAGGCGGAGCAAGCGCCGCAGUUCCAGCAAGCCGAGGGACCGGCACACGCUCAGCAGUUAGAGCUCCAGCUUUCACAGUCCCAGCAGAUACAGCCGUCAAGCAACACAGAGGAAGAUAACAGAGCGGUCAAGUAUGUCACAGACCUCCUCCAGAACUCGGACUCCAGCUACAACCGGAAGCGGCUGACAGGCCGUGCCCGCCUGUCCCUCCCGCACACGGUGCUCCUGUCGCUCACGCUGCUCCGCAGGCGGCUGAGCUACCGCUCCGUCUCCAGCCGCUUCCGCGUGGAGAAGGGCAACAUCCACCGCGUCUUCUUCUCCUUCUGCGAGCGCGUCAACGCCCUGGCCGCGCAGCAGAUACGCUGGCCCGCCGGCCAAGAGGCAGGGCAAAACCUGGACUUCCUGUCUGGAGCAGAGAGUUUAGAGAGCCCGGGAAUCCCCAAGGUGUUCGGAAUUCUGGGAAGCACUCGCAUCCCUAUCCGUCUGCCAAUCGGGAAGCAGCGGAUCGAGGGCGGGCUGCUGGAAGUGAAAAAAAUGAGAAAGGAGGUCCAUCCCGACUCGUGGCUGAACUUAGAGCUUGUGUGCGACAGGCAGGGAAAGUUUCUGCACUGCAGGAUCAGUAAAGGCUCAGACACCGACAAAGCCAGCUCUCUCAAACAGGAACUCAAGCUGAACCCCCACAUGUUACCGGAAGGGUCCUGCUUGGUGGCCAGGACUGGGUACCCCCUCUCCGGCCAAAUACUGACCCCGUACCCCACGUGUGCCUGUCCCAGGGAGUACCUUUACAAUCAGGCCCUGGAGCCCCAUUUGGACGUGUUUGAUCAGGCGGUGGUCCAGCUCAAAUCCCGCUUCCAGAGGCUGUGGUACUUGGACAUGGGGAACUUCGAGAGGGCCCGCGCGGUGGUGCUGACGGCCUGCGUUCUGCACAACGUCUUCCUGCAGAUGGGGGACGGGGAGGGGGAUGCCGUCCCGGAGAGGACCGAGACGGAGGAGCGAGAGGACGAGGGGGAAGGAGAGACGGAGGAGGAGGGCGUGAGGAAGAGGGAGGCCAUCGCAGAUCUGCUGUACAGAGAGCGGGAGGCUGAUGGACUUAAGUGCGUUUGGGAGCAGAUUGUGACAUCAGAGGGAGAGAGGAGGACAGAGGAGGGGGGGGAAGGGCUGGAGGGUACUACGGUAAAUACACAGCAAUAAUUCGUUUUGCAGGAUUGGCUUGUUUUUUUGUUUAUCUUGACUGUUCUUGCAACAAACUGAUUCAACAAACAAGACUUUAUUUUUUUUGAACCGUUUCAAUUUUUUAUUAAAAGAAAGAAAUAAAGAAGAAAAAAAA